AUGAUAACAACAUGGUCAUCAGUUCCUAGCAGUGAUGAACCAAACAUCGGUAAUUUAUUAUAUGAUUUAUGUAAGAAAAAUGAAAUCGAAAAAAUUCGAAAAAUAAUACCAUUUAUUGGUAAUAAAAACAUUAUAAAUCAAAUUCAAACUUCGACUGGUUCAACAUGCUUGCAUGUGGCAUGUUAUUAUGGACAUCGAGAUGUGGUAGAGAUUCUAUUAGACUAUGGCGCUCUACGUUCAAUACGAAAUUUAAGGCAUAAUUUAACACCCUACGAAGAAGCUCAUACAGAUAGCACAAAACAAUUAUUUCUCGAACAACGAAAAUUAUUUUCCAACAAUGAUUAUGAUUAUAUUGAAUGGUCCCUAGUCGGAGACGAUCUUCUCGACAAGAGACGCAGUUUUCGUCAAAUUAUCGAUGUGUACAAAACCUACGACAAUCAUACGUUAAUAUCAAAAUUAAUUGCUGAAUUUAUUCAUUACUAUUUAAAUGACUAUCUGUUGAAUCUCAGCAGUGACACUAGCAAUCCGGAAGAUAGAGUGACUCCUGAGCAGAUCAAAACUCUUGAAGCAUAUUUUAAAGGAGCUAUAGAAGAGAAAGAUUAUUUAACAUAUUUUAUCAAAGCAUAUACAUUAACCAGUGGUUUUCACAAGGUAUUAAACAGACACUUGGCUUUGUAUAUACUAGACUAUUUUGAUGAAUCGAAACUUUUUCUACCAACAUAUCGUCUUGUUAAUUGUCUUGCUCAUAUUGUUACACUUUUAAUUCAUCAUCCAGAUGUAUCUCGAUAUCAAUAUCGAGGUUUAUGUUAUCGUGGUAUGGUAGUAACACAAAAUGAUUUAGAUCAAUACAAACUAAAUCAGCAUAUGCUCAAUCGUUCAUUUAUAUCCACAUCUCUCGAUCGUGGAGUAGCGGAAAUGUUUGCUGGCGAAGGACAACAGCCAAACAUGAGAUAUACUCCCAAAGGUGAAAACGCAUUACAAUAUUCUUGUCUCUGUCAAUAUUUAAUCAAACAAAAUGCAACAGCUAUUAACAUCCAAACAUUAUCUAUAAACUCCGAUGAAAAAGAAGUUUUGAUUCUUCCGUUUACCGUUUUUAAAGUAGUAGCAAUUAAACGAAAUGAUCUCUAUAACCCGACAGCACAGAUCUCAAUUGAAAUUGAAUUAGAAGAAUGUGAAGAUUCGAUUAAAAAAACUAAACAACGCAAAUGUUUUGGCAUUAACAGAUUAUUAUUAUCAGUUUUGCUUGUGAUAUUAAGUAUGAUAGUGUUCAUUGCUAUAGCUUUUGCCCUAAAAUGGUCAAGAAUAUUUAAUGGGUCCACAACAACGUCUGCAUGGCAGAACACUAGUGAUGUCAGCACUAUAUUAUCAGCAGGAUCACUAUCAAUACUACCACCAAACUCACGCCCACCAUUAUCAAAUACCACACGAACAACAACAGUAACAACUAAAUCAGCAACCACCACACCGCCAGCAACAACAACAAGAAUAACCACCCCAUCAACAACAACGACACCAGCUACAACAACCACACCACCAAUCACUACACUAGCAACCACCACACCAGCAACAACAACCAUACCAGCAACCACCACAACAACCACAACAACUACCACACCAGCAACAACAUCAACCGCGCCAAAGCCGAAAAAAAUUACGAUUGCGGGAGGAAAUGGUUUAGGAAAUCAAUUAAAUCAACUCAAUGGCCCUCGAGGUAUAUUUAUUGAUGAUAAUCAAACCAUUUAUAUUGCUGAUGAUGGGAAUAACCGUAUUGUUGAAUGGAAAUUGAAUGCAACAAAUGGUCGAAUAGUUGCUGGUGGGAAUCAAGAAGAAAAUCGAAAUAAUCAAUUGAACAAUCCAACAGAUGUAAUUAUUGAUAAAGAAAGCAAUUCUUUGAUCAUCUGCGAUCAUGAAAACAAUCGUGUCAUGCAAUGGUCUCGUCAAAAUGAUCAAGAUGUACAAAUAAUUAUCGAGAAUAUCGACUGCUUUGGUUUAGCAAUGGAUAAGAAUGGAUAUCUUUAUGUUUCUGAUCUUACACGUAAUGAAGUGACACGACGGAAGAUAGGAGAAAAAAAGGAAACAGUCGUAACAGAUGAAGAUGAGCGGGGAACAAAACACAAUCAAGUCAGUUCUCCUUCUUUCAUCUUCGUUGACGAUGACCUAUCAUUAUAUGUAUCCGAUAGAGACAAUAAUCGUGUAAUGAAAUGGUUAAAAAAUACAAAAAAAGGAAUUGUUGUCGCUGGGGGUGGUUCUGGACGAGGUACAGAUAGUUUGACAAAGUUAUUUUUUCCUGCAGGAAUAGUUGUUGAUCAGUUUGGUCAAAUCUAUGUGGCAGAUUCCUCCAAUCACCGCGUGAUGCGUUGGCAACAAGGAGCGAAAGAAGGAACUAUUGUUGCGGGUGGACAUGGAAAUGGAAACCUACCAAAUCAGUUGAGUUAUCCUACUGGUUUAUCAUUUGAUCGACAAGGAAAUCUCUAUGUUGCUGACCAUGGAAAUAAUCGAAUUCAAAAAAUUGAAAUUAAUAAGAAUACAAAUGAUUAG